AUGGCAACCAACGAUAGCUUCGUCCCGACUUACGACACUUGUGAUGAGGUCACUGAUCAGUGUCCUAUCGAGUUUACAGUCUAUGGGACCUAUCUGUCAAAGCCUGCUGCAACGUUUUUCGGUAUCGCAUUCGGAGCUUGCCUAGUGUUUCAGCUGUACUUUGGAAUGCGGUCCCGAACGUGGUCUUUCAUAAUCUGGCUCGGCAUCGGCACCAUCUUCGAGGUGCUCGGAUACUGGGCGCGAACGAAACUCGCCGACAACCCUUGGGACUUGAAUGCCUUCGCCCAACAGUACCUUACACUUCUCCUCGCUCCCACUCUGAUCGCGGCUGCUAUUUCUGUCACCUUCAAACACAUCGUCAUCUGGUAUGGUGAACAGUGGUCGGUACUCCGCCCAUCGCUCUAUCCUUGGGUUUUCGUGGGAACAGAUUUCCUCUCAAUCAUUAUCCAGGUUGCUGGUGGCGCCAUCACAGCAGCCAAGGCUUCCGGAUCAAGCGACGAGACGAUGUCGAAGAUUGGCGAGAAACUCGUCAUUGGAGGCGUGGCUUUCCAAGUCGCCAACAUGGUCUGCUGCGGGUGUCUCAUGUUGGUUUACGUCGCGAGACGAAAGUCGGCGCUCUCAGCCGGCGCACGCCCACGUGACGAGACUUAUUUGAUGGAACGCGACGCUCAACCCAUGUCCCGAGCCGCAGCAUCUGAUGGAGAGGCCAGACGUGUGCGCGCAUUUGUGUAUGCCCUUGCCGUGGCAUACAUUGCAAUCGUGAUUCGUUGUGGUUAUCGAAUCGCGGAGAACAUUCCUGCUAUUACCUUGGAAGUCUUGCGUAAUGAACCUUUGUUUCUGGGCCUCGAUAGCACGAUGAUGCUCGUUGCUAUCGGUACCGUCACCAUCUUCCAUCCUUACAUUUACUUCCCUUUCUUGAAAGAGUCCAAGCACAUGAAGAAGAGAAGCAAGAACCAUGGAGAUUACCGAAUGCAGGACAUGUCAUGA